ACCCCACCCAUGGGCUGUCACCCUAUACUUCGUAACUGGGCCUGGGCUACGAGAUGGGCCGUUCAUUGGAGGUCAGUUUCCACACGGCACAGGCUACAUAUGCAAUCGAGAGAGCACGGGUAAAGGCAGCUAAUGAAUGAAUCGUCUUCAACCUUCUCGUCCUCUGCUCUUGUUCCUCACCUCCCUGCUAUCUGUAUCUCCCCCUUGUUGCUGAUUCUCACCUCAAAUCUCUUCUCUUGUAUCCGAAAUCGGUACUGAUUUGAUUGCUCACCCCAUGUAUGUGCUUGGGUCGUGACAAUUUGGUUAUCAGAGCCAUAAAAUUUCCUCAAAUUUUGCUUUCGUUGUGUGUUCCUCAACUCUCUCGAUCCUUAACAUCCACUGCCCUGGGUGUGAUUUGCUUCGGUGAAUCGCACAAAAUCCUUGGGCUAGGUUGGAUCGGUUUGGAGUGGAGCAACUGUGCCAUCGAAACCCUUAAGGCAGAGCCAAGAAAACAAUCCCCACCCACUCAUGCGUACCAUCUGUUCGACAAAAUGUCAAGCCAUCCAGAGAUGCUCACCGGCGGCGUUCUCCACGUCAUCGUGCACCAUGUGUACUACCCAGUCACAGAGGAUACAGUCCAGCAGGUGUUCGCAGCGUAUGGUGUGGUGAAAAUCUCAGUAUCCCAAUGAAUCGACCAUGUGGAGGCGGUGGUUCAGUUUCGCACAAGACGCGGGGCAGCGCAAGCCCUGGCCCUACAUGGUCGUUGCAUCUAUGAGCGUGCCUGCCUCCUCGAAAUCCAGGAGGUUUCGCCGGGUUUACUUCCUGCCACCACCGCGGGGUGCCUAGGAGUGGCGUCGGCAGCUCGUGUCACGGAGGUCGCCUCUCCUUCACCAGCGCUGACAAACAGUGCCACGACCACCAGCUGGGCACAGCUUCGGGCCAUGUUGGAGGAGGCUCUCGAAGGAUGAAGGCCUUAUCCACACCCGUUGCAUCUGUCGUAGCCCCGCCAUUGCCAGGCUCCGCAUCAGUGAACAUCGAGGAUGCCAACGAUAGGCAGGGGGCGGCCAUCGCAGCUCCACACAUGGAGGUCGUCAACCAAAAAGCCAACAGUGUCGAAACCACAGGAUCAGCCUCGCCCUCUACAGGCAUGUUUUUGGCAAUUGCAGCACCUGCAGAAACUCUGCCAGCCCCUGAGUUGGCGACACUGAUGCCCAACAUAUGUUCGACAGAAUGCUCCCAGGAAGACGCCAACAAGGUGACCCAUGUGGUCCCGUUGGAUGCAUCUCGCUUGAUCACGGCACCGCUCAGCAACAUCCUCUGCAACACUUCACCUUGUGCUAUGCCUUUGGUGUACGCAGAUACUGACGAGGAACAGAUUGGGAAGAGUGGUGCCAUGCAACCACUAUGGCCACCACGAGCACCACCAAGUACAUGGCAGUUACAGUGCGUGGAACAUCCUAUUGUAAAUUUGACUGAGCUGAAACCAUGGCCAGAUCCAUGUAUGAGCAAGAGCAGUGGAGGCAGGGAGAUGCCACCGUGGACACAAUACGCUAUCGGUCCUGGAAAGAGUGACAAGUUUCUGGACCUUUAUGAGGGAAGUGGGUCAAGUUGGAGGUUAACAAAAUGUGGAACACCUGGAAACAUUGGCAGUUUUGAAGAUAUUCUAUUUGCAAACAACGACAUGCAAUAUUCUCCGGUUAUUGUUGUAUUGUUUCCUGACUUCCAUGAACGCCUGCUGUAUGUAUGGCCUAGUUAUGUGGAUAUGACGAACCGGAAGCUUGGGUUGGCUGAGUUCCCUGAAGAUAGUAGAUUCAUAAAUAUGGAAUCAGCCCUUGUUGCAUUAGGUUGCAAGGCUUGUCUUCUUCUUGCAGAUUUUGAGAAAUCAAUAGAUUUGCAAGCUCUUCAGGAUGCUAUUAUCAAUUGCAAUAUUCUUCUGACUGAAAGAAAGAAGGCUGAAUUUAAAUCUAGAGAUCUUGUGCAGGAUCUUGGUAGAAUAAUCAGAAGUUAUGUCGAGCCAGUUCGUGAUCUCCUAUCUCAGUUUGACUAUACUUUGGGUGCCCUUGGAGCUCUAGUAUUAUAUGCUGAGUUGCUAGCAGAUGAUACUAAUUAUGGAAAUUACAUGAUUGAGAAAUACAAUUUGGACUGCUACAUACGACUUGAUUCUGCUGCGGUGCUAGCAUUGGAUAUUGUUGAAGGAAAAACUGAUGCAAACAAACAAUUUAGGUUGUUUGGUUCGAUAAAAAGAACUUGCACUGCUGGGAUGGGGCAUCGAGUACUUAACAAAGUGCCAAAACAACCUCCGUUGGGUGUCAACGACAUAAAUAACAGAUUAUAUAUGGUUCAGACUUUCGCGGAAGAUUCCGAGCUUUGCCAGGGUCUUAGGCAACAACUUAAAAUGAUGUCUGAUAUUGAUCGCCCAACACAUGCUCUCUGUAAGAAAUCAGCCAACCAGCCUGCUGUUACGCUCUACAAGUUCUGCUCUAGAAUCUCGUACAUCCAGAGUGGUCUUCAGCAAUACAAUGGCCAAUUUUCUACAUUCACAAGGACAAGGUUCCUUAGCUCUUUUGAAGUGUGGCUGACAGAGAAUCAAUAUGGUAGGUUUCCUAAUCUUGUUGAGAUAGAUAUUGACAUCGAUCAAGUAGCCAAUGCUGAGUACAGGAUAUCUCCACCUCGCUUGUGGCCACCAUGGGACACAUAUGAUCCUUCUGUCAGCCAUGUGCAAGAAUGGUUUGAAGCCGCCAGGAACAUGAAAAACCUGGAUAGGAGUGGUUGUCCUCGUUCAGCUUUAGAGGCAUGCAAGUUUCUUUUGCCAUUAGAUUCAGAUGACCCAAAGGGUGCUCUGUUUUGCAUGGACUCCUUUGCUCUAAGAUUGAAGCAGUACAAAUGGUUGGAACAGUUUGCUGAAGAGUACCAAUGUGAUAACUCCCUUUGGCUGUUCCCCAAUUUCUCCUUUUCACGUGAUGUGGCAUCUGAAGAUGUUUCUAAUGAUGUUGACAAGACAACAGUUGUAGACCUUUUGAAGCAAGCAUUCAUGCUUCACCCUCUGGUGCUUUCCAAGAUGGUUGACAUGGCUCCUUUGAACGACUCUUCAUGGACCCAAAUACUUGAGAAUGUGUUCUGCACAUGCCAACAUGGGUGUUCCCCUGAUGGUGCAAUAGAAAAUUUUCAGAAAAUUGGCAUUGAAUUGGGAGGACUGAACACUACCAAGCACACUUAUGAAGAGGAUUUCAGUUUCUUUCAUCAGCUUGUGAUUAGCAGUUUAAUCGGCCCCAACCACAUACUUCUGCCAUAUGAUCCAGGUGGCUUGGCUCUUCGGCUCGACGAGUGUGGCGGCAUUUCUGAUUCAAGGAUGUUCAUCACCGGCUUGAGGGCAAGCCGAAUUUCAAGGGAGGAAGAGUGUAACACCCCACCCAUGGGCUGUCACCCUAUACUUCGUAGGCCUGGGCUACAAGAUGGGCCGUUCAUUGGAGGUCAGUUUCCACAUGUCACAGGCUACAUAUGCAAUCGAGAGAGCACGGGUAAAGGCAGCUAAUGAAUGAAUCGUCUUCAACCUUCUCGUCCUCUGCUCUUGUUCCUCACCUCCCUGCUAUCUGUAUCUCCCCCUUGUUGCUGAUUCUCACCUCAAAUCUCUUCUCUUGUAUCCGAAAUCGGUACUGAUUUGAUUGCUCACCCCAUGUAUGUGCUUGGGUCGUGACAGGCACAAACGACCAAGCCGAUAUAAAAUGGUGAGUAAACCCUCUUGCAACCAGGUCGAAAGAAAAAUAAAAAACAUCGGGCUAGUGGCACAAGUCCCCUAACCCAACACCAA